AUGCGUGCUCGUCUAUAUUUGAAUGGUGAUGGAAAAGCUCGUCGUACACAUAUGUCACUCUUUUUUGUUCUUAUGCGAAGUCCGAACGAUCCGAUUCUUCCAUUUCCAUUCAAGUAUAAAGUCACAUUUUGCUUGUAUGAUCAAACGUCUACGUCUGGACAUAUAAUUGAUUCAUUUCGACCAGACAUUCGCUCAAGUAGUUUUCAACGUCCACGAUCAGAAAUGAAUAUUGCAAGUGGUAUACCAAAAUUUCUUCCAUUGAAAAUGAUUCAACAAGAAGGAAAUCCUUAUGUUCGAGAUGAUACAAUGUUCAUUAAAAUUAUGGUUGACUUUGAAGAUAUGCACAGUACAUUAUUGCCCUAUGCUUUGAGUCUCAAUCCGGGUCUACCAACUCAUGUUCAACAAGCGAUGAUUAAUCAAGAAGCUGAACGUAGAUCUCAACAAUGA